AGAAGAGUGCAUUGCUAUAAACCAAUCGCUUGCAGUAUAUGGAGGGUGGAACUUACCGUCGUAUAUAUUGGUUGUCUCAGUAGGUUUGCACAAUAUAUUGAUUGUUGCAAAUUUAUUACCUCCUCCUCCCCCCCUUCUGAUAUACUUUGCUAUCAAGAGUCAUGGAGGAGAAGCUUGUGAAUGUAAAGAAAUGGGUGGAAGAAAACCGAGGUGCUUUUUUGCCUCCAGUGUGCAAUAAGCUUAUGCACCGCCAUCAGCUGAAUGUCAUGUUUGUUGGUGGACCCAACCAAAGGAAGGAUUAUCAUAUUGAAGAAGGAGAAGAGUUGUUUUACCAGCUGGAGGGGGAUAUGUGCCUGAAGAUAGUGGAAAAUGGAAAACACAAGGAUAUUCACAUUAAAGAAGGAGAGAUGUUCCUCUUACCAGCCAGGAUACCACAUUCUCCUCAGCGAUACGCUAAUACUGUGGGAUUGGUUAUAGAGCGGAAAAGAUUGACGACAGAAACCGAUGGGCUGAGAUACUACAUCGGAGAAACCACCAACGUCCUUUUUGAAAGAUGGUUUUACUGCGAUGACCUUGGUACACAACUUAUCCCGAUAAUUCAAGAAUUUUUCAACUCAAGUCAAUACCGCACAGGAAAACCCAAUCCAGAUGAAAUUUUAGAAGAAACCCCUUAUCCACUAAAUAAAACUACUGUCACGGAUCCAUUUUCCUUCCAAGUCUGGCUGAACGAUCAUAGGGAAGCUUUAGUUCAGAAGAGAUCUUUGAGACCUUUUGGAGACAACUUUGAAACUGAGGUUGUAAUUUUUGGACCAGGCGUAACCGAAGGAGGAGGAAAGAAGGCAGAUAUAUGGAUAUGGCAGAUGGAAGGUACGUCUGUUGUUAUGACUGACAGUAAAACCCUGACUUUGGAAAGUGGAGACAGCCUUCUCAUUCCAGCCCAGAUGACGUUUCAGUGGAAGAGAAUGGGUGGAUGCAUUGCUCUCUACAUUGUUCAGGACCCAAUGCGAAAAAGACCCUAGGCCUGAAUCCUGCUGCACCCAGACUGUUUAAUUUGCUUUUCAAGAAAAUAGUUGUGUUCGCCUUGUAAUUUCACAAAAUAAGUGGAAGUAAACUUCAGAAACCCAGACGUAUGUAGAGACAUAGGAUGCGUGUGGAAACAACAUGCACCUGCAGGGGAAGGAUAAACAGUGGGAAAGCUGAGCCAUAUGCAGUUGAAAACUGAUGACCAUGGGCAAAUCGGUGACUCCUUGGUUGACCAACCUCCCAGGAGUCAUAGAAUCACAGAAUAAUUGAGUUGGAAGGGGCCUUAUAGGGCCAUGAGUCCAGCUCCCUGCCUAAUGCAGGAAUCCAAAUCAAAGCACAUCUGGCAGAUGUGUGUCCAAUUUUCUCUUGAAUGCCUCCAGUGUUAUAAGGAUAAUACUGCAAACAGAAAUGGCAUGGUUAAGCAGCUUAUUUAAUUCUUUGAAGAAAUAGAGGCAUUGUCUGAAAAGAAGAGUGUGUAUGCAAACCCAUUAGUGUGUGUCAGAUAUGGAGAAUGUGUAGAUGUUGUUGACUGGAGAUCCCAUCAGCUACAGCCAGCACCGCCAAGGGAAAGAAGUGAUAGGGGCUGCAGCCAAGCUUCUGGAGAGCAGUGUAUUAUCAAGCCCAUGUGUACAUCAAAAAGCCCAUCACAAGUUAAAGCUGAAGUUGGAAGAUCAUGUAUCUCAGUGUUCGACUAGAAGCAAACUUUUGUGGCAUGAAUCUCUAGCUUUUCAUAACAUAUUAGAAUGUUUAGGGGAGGGGGACUUGGCCUCACCAGCAAUACCAGAUUUAAUUUUAAAACUUGGCAGCUUCAAUGCAGUUCAAAAUCUUUAGUAAUGCACAGUCCUCAAAGGGAAAUGGGG